CAAGGCUUGGGUCUGGCGCCGCAAUAGAACCCCGCGAGUCUCCCGCCAGGAGAGGACUGGGACCCGCGCUGCUCUUUUGUUGUCAGCGGCGGCGCUGCGGGACAAAGAUCCGAGCGCGGAUCCAUGACACACCGCUGCAGCUCCACGGUCGCGCGGAGGGUCAGCGAUGGACGCCGUCCGGCUGGAGCAGCAGGUGGCCAGCGUGGAGCGAGGCAUCGUCUUCCUGAAGCAGGAGCACCUGGUGCUGUUGGCCGGCCUGCAAGUGGAGCUCACGCACCUGAGGAGGCGCUGCCAUGAGCUGAGCUGCGAGCUGGACUCCAGGUUCCCGGGCAGAAGCACUGCAGGGGAGGAGGCGGAGCUGGCAGCUCGCUGUGAAGCGGUGCAGCGUCUCCUGGAGGACCAGCAGAGCAUGACGGUCACGGCUCGCGGGGAGCUACGGGCCGGCAGGGCCCGGGCCUCGGCACUGGGCCGGAGCCUGCGAGAGGAAGAGCGCCACUUCCUGGAGGAGCUGAAGCGCCGCAGCCACAAGAUCACGCUGCUGAGUCGAGAGCUGCAGCGGCAGAAGGACGCCACCACCAGCCUCUGCCACCAGCUGCACUCCGCUCGCUUGCAACUCUCCCAGCAGAGUCCGGGAGCAGCGGAGGAGGGGCCCGAGGAGGAGGAGGGGCCGGAGGAGGAGGGCGGAGACGGCCAGGAGGAGGAAGAUGACCAGAGCUGGCUCCUGACCCCGCCACCGCCGCCUCCUCCCGAGGAGACGGAGGACGGGCGGCGGCGGCGUCUGAGGGAGGAGCGGGUGCGAGCCUGCGUCCCGCUGGAGAGAGUGACAGCGCCGCAGAGAGCGCUGGCCAUGCCGGACCCCGCCCUCUUCCUGGUGCCGCUCAGGUACCGCCUGCUGCGCUGGAGCCCCCGGCCUCAGGAGGAGGACGAGUGGGAGGACCUGGAGGAGAGCGGGCUGCACCGCCGGGUGGACCUGGGCGCCGCCGAGGGAGAGACCGCCCUGUGACGGCGGCCCAUCAGUCAGACGCUCAGCCACGAGCUCAACAUCGAGGCGAUGAGUGAAUCCUGAAAACCAGCAGAGCGUUUUCAUGAGCUUUAGCAAUACCUUUCUGUCCCGUGCAGGUGAUGAUGCCUUCAGGCGUCUCAGUGGGCCGGUGUCGAGACCCGCUGUUUCCUAUUGUGCCAGCUGGGGCCUCAGCAGCGCGCCCUCUGGUGGCGACUCAGGGUGAACCUGCUGGGUGGAGCCUUGAAGAAGCCUCAGACCUGAACUGAAUCACAGUGAGGACGUCAACCUCCGACUCUGUGAUGAUGCUUCACACUGGAGAAACACCCGACUAUUGCUGUAUUAUUCAUGGUGAAAGAUUCCUGAUUCAUUUUCCUAAAAGAAAAAAAAAAACUUCUUGGUUACAUACACAUUCAAAAGAUGUUUAUCAUGUUAUUUUUGUCGUUACUCAACCUUUGCAGCUGUAGCCCACAAUAACUGUUUCAGAAGUUGGUCACUGGUUUGUUGUUGAGCGUAGAAGUGUUGAGAAUAGUGGCAUAUUUCUACCAAUACUAUGAGAAACCAAGUGCGACUGUAACAAGAUUUUCAGCAGUUCUGUUUCUAUAGAUGCCUUUAGGUUUCGACUCAUCUGAGUGCAGCUUUUUCUACUCCUGUCUCUGAUGAUACUGAAGGGAUUUUCUAUGAUUUGCACUUUAUUAAACCCAUGCAACGAGCCUGCAGAUGGCA